AUGGCAAUUCAGAUCAGUGACUUCGAUGUGGCUCCUCCUUCACUGUCUGACUUUUCGGAGCCCAGUCUCCAAGCCAAAGCAUUCAUCGAGCACGUAAAACUUUGCAAGAUUAUAGGUCGCGUCUCGCAGCUACUGAACAGCGGUGCGUCACUCAAUUCCGACGAGAGCUCGGCGCUGAAGGCGUCUCUCUGUCAAUGGAUACGCAGACUGCCCCCAGAGCUCUCCCUCUACGAUGCAGUGGGUUUGCGUCAGCCUUAUAAGAAGGAAGUUACCGGUCUGCACUUGGUUUAUUUUACUGCCAUCGUUUUACUACAGGCCGCUACGAGAGGAUACAAUUCGCAAUGGAAGGCAUCCCCGAUUUCUCUUCUUGCUUCGUCCUGCGUCGCUCGUCUCUACGAGGAAACCCAACUCCGAGAGGAUAGUUGCCGCUUAGAGGAGCUGGGAAUCUUGCGUUCAACGGUCGAACAACUCUCCACGAGGUUUGGCGGCGCCGGCACAGUGCUGCGUAAUAUGGAAGCCCUGGAAACCGAGCUGCAGCAGAGAAGAAGCGACAGCUCCAUUGAUGACAUGAUGCAGGCUGAAGAGAACAUUCUCGCGGGGGAUGGAGAACAAAUGGAAGAGCUUUUCCCAUUUCCUCCUGAGCUCUGUCCCAAUAUGGAUUUACUUAAUACUGCUGGAGCUACCCGGAUGGAGGAGUCACUGAACAUCACCAAUUCAUUUGUACAGGACCUGCCCGAGUGGAUUUUCGGGGACGCUUCAUCUUUCUCGGGCAUUUUUGAGAGCGAAAUAGUGUAG